AACCAAAGUAGAAAAACAUCAACUCUGCCUCUCUCUCUUAAUCCUGUCUUAGUUCAGCUUUUUUUUCACCCCUAUCUCUCACUACCUUCAUUCACUUUCAGAGACUUCACUGAAAGAGAAAUGGAGUUUUUCACAAACUAAAUUUACAAAGUAUUGUUUUGUUUUCAACGUGAAGUUGGAAAUUUGUUUCUCUUUAUUUUAUGUUAUUUGGUUUCGGAAUGUUGAUGGAAGAGGUUUGAGUUUCGGAGUGAAGAAGGUGACAGUGGAAAUGAGUUUACCGACGACAUUUUCGGGAAGGAAUCCGGCGGACGCGGAUCUCAAGUCGACGAGGAAGCGGACGACACGGAACACGAGGUGGAAGAGGGUCGGUGCAGCGAUAGUUGGGCGGCGGAGCAGGCCGGAGACGCCGUUGUUGAAAUGGAAGAUGGAGGAAAGGGAGAGAGUGAGAGAUAAAGGCGGUGGAGUUGAGAAGGAGCUCGAGGAGGAGGAGGAUGGUGGUCGUGCACGACGGAGGAAAGGAACUUCAACUGUAUCAGCGAGGAAGCUUGCAGGUGGAUUGUGGCGGUUGCAGUUGCCAGAGACGGUGACGCUGGGUGGGGGAGAGAGGAGGAGGGAACAGUUGGGGUUGAAGGCUGGUAACGGUUUUAUCGGUGUCCCGUUUCUUUAUCAUCACAAGGACAAAUUCUAUGGUUCAGAGCCAAAGGAUCCAUUACAAAGCCCUAGUUCUGUCUCUCCUGCAAAGAACAGCUUUCGGCGUAAGGUCGAGCCUUUAAUUCAAUUUUCAAACUCUGCGAUGGAGGGGGCAACGAAGUGGGAUCCUGUCUGCUUCAGAACAACAGAUGAGGUACGGCAAAUUUAUAGUCGCAUGAAGCGUAUUGACCAGCAAGUAAGUGCAGUAUCAAUUGUUUCUGCCCUUGAAGCUGAGCUAGAGCAGGCUCGAGUUCGCAUCAAGGAGCUUGAAACUGAGUGCUGGUCCUCAAAGAAGAAACAUGAGCACUUCUUGAGAAAAGUGAGUGAGGAAAGAGCUGCGUGGCGAAGCAGAGAGCAUGAGAAAAUACGUGCAUUUGUCAAUGAUGUCAAAGCUGAUUUGAAUCGGGAAAAGAAAAACCGGCAGAGACUUGAGAUUGUCAGUUCCAAAUUGGUGAAAGAGCUGGCUGCUGCCAAGUUAUCAGCAAAGCAAUAUAUGCAGGACUAUGAAAAGGAAAGAAAGGACAGAGAACUAAUUGAAGAAGUAUGUGAUGAGCUUGCUAAGGAAAUUGGAGAAGACAAGACUGAAGUGGAAGCAUUAAAGAGAGAUUCCAUGAAGCUUCGAGACGAAGUCGAUGAGGAAAGAAAGAUGUUGCAGAUGGCUGAGGUCUGGCGUGAAGAAUGUGUACAGAUGAAGCUCAUUGAUGCAAAAGUAGCACUUGAAGAAAGGUAUUCACAGAUAAACAAGCUUGUUGCAGAUUUAGAUACUUUUCUAAGGUCAAGGACCGGAACUCUGGAUGUGAAAGAUAUGAGAGAAGCAGAAUCACUUCGACAAGCUGCUGCUUCAGUUAAUGUCCAAGAAAUCAAGGAAUUUGCAUAUGAGUCGGCAAACCCUGAUGACAUUUUUGCUGUUCUCGAAGAUGUGGUGUUAGCUGAGGCCAAUGAAAGGGAAACUGAACCAUCUGUUGCAUGUAGUCCAGCCAGCCAUGCCUCUAAAGUUCAUAUGGCAAGUGCCGAAAUGAAUAUGAUGAAAAAAGAUGGUAAUCUGAGACAUUCGAAUCUGUAUGGUGAUCAUAAAGAUGAGAUUGAAGAAGAUGAGAGUGGAUGGGAAACUAUCAGCCAUAUUGAGGGUCAAGGCUCAAGUUAUUCACCGAAAGGGAGUGCUGCAUCUGCAGAUAAGUUUCAUCGGCACAGCAAUCUCUCUGGGAGUGGAACUGAAUGGGAAGGAGAUACCCCAGUGACAGAAAUUAGCGAAGUUUGUUCCUUGCCUGCAAGACAGUUGAAGAAGGUGUCGCCCAUUGUGAGGCUUUGGAGAUCAGUCCCAAAAAAUGAAGAACAUUUCAAGGUAAUCUCAGUAGAAGGAACCAAUGGAAGGCUUUCUGAUGGAAGGAAGUGUAACGGCAGUAUCAUGUCCCCAGAUAAAGGGUCAGAUAAUGGUGGGUUCAGCCCCUUGGACCUGGUGGGACAUUGGAGUUCACCUGACCUGGGUCAUCCGCACAUAAUGAAGGGGAUGAAAGGGUGCAUUGAAUGGCCUCGCGGCGUACAGAAGAAGAGUUUGAAGGCAAAACUUUUGGAGGCAAGAACCGAAAGUCAGAAGGUCCAAUUGCGGCAUGUCAUUAAGCAGAAGAUUAAGUAGAUGGUGAUUUUAACUGCGAAGCUUAUUCAUCACGGUAGCCAAAUACAUCCAUCAGACACUAGGCACCUUCUGCUUCCAGUUCAAAAUUGGUUAAAAGUUGGAAGGAGCAUGCUAAAACAGGCAUCAUGUAUAAAUUUAUCAAUUCUUGGGUUUUCCGGUUCUUGCUCCUUAGCUCAUGCUACACUGAGAGUUUGGUUUUGUUCCUUAUGAUGAUAUCUUUGGAUGAUGCUGUUGAUCAAACAGUUGGUCUUAUAUCUUUUCAUCUGUAGCUGUGAUUCUGCUUGGUAGCAUAGUCGAUUCUCUUUGUAAUUGAGAAAGCAAGGUACGCCUUUUGUAUUGUCAUCUUAGAUCCGAGGGUAUCAAGGGAAAAAGAUUCAUGGUAGACUGAAAAUAAUAACAUUUUUUUGUAGCUAAGAUUUGAUGUAGUUCUCAUACAGAACUCAUGGAGUCAAAGUUCCUCAUUUUGCAAUUUGAAAGCAAUAAAAGUUUCUUCUUCCCACAGCAA